GGAAAUCGACCAACGCCAUUUUGUUUUCAACAAGACGUCGCAACGUCAAGUCGAUACAGUCCGUCUUUUCAUGUCGCGUCGAAGGGAACUAAUUUAGUAUACGCGAUUUAGACACCAUAAAUGUAUCUGUUCAACUUGUACGAGUGUUGAUUGCUACAAUAAAGUGUACAUAUCAAAGACAGUGUUUUGCAAUUUGUGAUAACUGAUGUUCAGUUGAAGAUUUACUUGGCAUGGUGAUUUCUACGACUACGGUCGUCGGUCAAGAUGUCCAAGGAAGUAGCGGAAGAGUAUGCUUCCAGUUUAGCGGACCUAACCGUCAACAGCAAGCCGCUGAUAAAUAUGUUGACUAUUCUCGCAGAAGAGAACAUCGACCACGCCGGGGUUAUCGUUGAAACGGUGGAGAAGCAUUUAGAGAAGGUACACCCAGACAUCAAGCUGCCAGUACUGUAUUUAGUUGAUUCAAUUAUCAAGAAUGUCGGUGGAGCCUACACACAGAAGUUUUCUCAAAGCAUUGUCAAUAUGUUUACCAGGACUUUCAAACAGGUAAUUAUUGUGGAUGAAAAAAUCAGGUCUCAGAUGUUUAAGCUACGUGAGACUUGGCACGAUGUCUUUCCUGCUACCAAGCUGUAUCAGCUGGAUGUCAAAGUGAACUUGAUCGACCCAGCAUGGCCCAUACAAGCGCAGCCGCAGCAGUCAAACAUCCAUGUAAAUCCAAAUUUUCUGAAAAAGACUACUGCUACCACCAGCACUACAGUCACUCCAGCCGCAGUCGUCCCUGCUGAAGAGGACGAGAAGAUGAGGAAUAUCCUCGCCAAGAAAGAACAGGAGCUCCUCAUGCUGCAGAGGAAGAAAGUAGAAAUGGAACUGGAACAGAUGCGGCGGCAGGUCGAGCUUGCCGAGAAAACUGUUACUAAAAAGGUGCCGGGCACAGGCCCCACGAAUGUAAACGCUGUCAAUAUGGCCGCGCCCACUCCUGCGCCUGCGGCCGCCUUGUUGCCUGAAGGGACAACCAAUAUAUCCGCCAAACAGCGGCUCGGACCGCCGGUACCUAAGAGCACGGGCCGCAUCGCCCCAGUGAGCGCGUCCCUAGCGAGCGCCCGGCGCGACCCCCGGCUGGCGCGCCUGCAGCAGGCCGCCGGCGCUAUGUCGGCCGCGCCGUCGCCGCCCGUCGCCGUCGUGGCGCCCGCCGCCGCGCCGCUCGCGCCCAUCGCGCCCAACGUCUUCGACAUCAAGCCUCUGGAGCGCGUCACUAAACGGAAGAAUGUCAUAACCAUUGACGUGCGGCAGGACGCGGAGCCCGCCCGGCCCGCCACCAGGGACCCGCGCCGCCGCGACCCGCGUCUCGAGAAGCGCGACCCGCGCCGUACUCGUCCGCGUGAGGAACGGGAACGGAGGCGCGAAGAACUGCGGCGAGCAGAGUCAGAACGCAACCAUACCGACACUAAACCUGAGGCGGAGCGUAAUCCGAUGCCCGCUUAUGUCGAUAAGUUGCCAGACCCAAAGAAAAUUAGUAAAAUGCCGCCCAUACCCAAAAUUACCCGGCCAGAAGUCAAGCGAGACAGCGAAGCCGUGCCCGCCAAACGGAAGCGAGACAAUGUGCGCACGGAGCGUCGGCGGCGGCGCGAGGAGCUGGCGCAGAAGGAAGGCGAGCGCGCCAAGGCCGCGGCCGCCGCGCCCGCCGGGCCAGCGUCAGCGGUGUCGCCUGCUGCGGACAAGAAGCGAGCGUCGCCGGAGCUGGUGGCGUUCAAGGAGUUGCGCAACUACCACAAGGAGCACUAUAUGCGCCGCAACCGCGACAAGUCGGCCAGUCCGGAGCACGCCGAGUCGGGCGCGGAAGGCGCCGUGAGCUCCGAGCCCCCAAGUGUUCCAGAAAUCAUAUCGGAGACUAAGGAUGUAGAUCUUCGAGUUUUACCCGCAGUGGUAACUGAGGCUAAAGCCGCUUCCGUGGGACAGAAGCGAUCUUCCACAGAGACUGCGGAAGUUAAAGCUAAGAAAACUAAGAUUGACAAGUUUGAUGUGUUGUUUGGCAAUGAAGACGUCGACUUACGCCAACUGCCCCAGGUAGAUGAGGUGAAUGCCCCGCCGCCACCGUCCAUCACUGGCUCGCCGAAGUCCGACAACAAGGUUGAUGACGAUGUACCAAUGGUGUCACCACCCAAAGGUUCACCGAAAAGGGAUUGGAAUGAGAUCAAGAAGAGAGAGAAAACUCCUUCAAAGCUCGACCUCGUCAGAGCCAAGUUUGCAGAAGUAACGAAGGGCAAAGAUAGACUCGGCCGUCCUCUACUGUUCAGCAAAUCGCCAAGUAUCGAAAGAGAAAGGCGACGUACUUUGUCAAGCGAGGAUACCGAUCUACGAGAAGAUGAUGAGCAAGGUUUCGUCGAAAACAAAAAAUCGAUUUCAAUUAUAAUGUCUCAAGCAAAGGAACACUUCACAGAUGGACAAUUAGACAAGAACCAAUACAACACGUUAAUGUACCAAAUCCUUCAACUUAAUGAGAAACUCAAGUUGAAGGAGGCUAAACAGAGAGAAUCUUUAGAAAUUUCUAAAAGGAAGCUAAAAGCUACAAUAGAAGAAAACCACAAAGUACCAAGCCCGAAAUCUUCACCCAAUGAACGAAACAGGUUCGGAGAUAUCGAUGAGAGAAUCACGCCGUCUGUAUUCCUAGACACGCCGCCCGAUAGCCAGGGCAUGUUGGGACAGGACUCCGAUAUGCGACUCGGUGCUGAAGCCCUUGAUAUGAAGACAAAGGGUUUGCUCCCCAUCCCGCCCAUGAUGCCAAUGUUCGGCCCUUACCAGCAACAGAUGCCGUGGCGAGGACCGAGACCACGGGCAGGUGAAGAAUUCGGUCCUAGACGGUUCCGAGGUCCAAUGCCACCAUACUUCCGAGCAGGCAAGUUUGAUAAGAGGGCUGGUAGACCACCUUUUGACCCUCGUAUGGCGAUGCCUCCGCUACCUACACCCAAAAUUGGUAUGUGUCAAGGAGAGUGUCCUCUAACACCAUACGAACGAAGCGAAUCUCCACCUCCAUUAGGAGCUCCAGGCUUUGCUAUCCCACCUACAGAUUUUAAGGUGAUUGAGUACAUAGACCAAGAUCCAUUCAAAACGAUUCAAAUAGAUGGGAUUCCUAGAGAAAUCAGGUUUUACGGAAACACCGCCGUAAUUAUGCUGGAUUGGGAUGAUCCAAGGGAAAUCAAGUUCCUACCUGGAUGUAGACGAGUAACGUUUGACAACAAAGACUCAGUAGUUCUAACUUUCAAUGAAGGCUACAAGCAAGUCGAGUUUGAUGAUCAAGUAUUUGACAUUAAAUUUGGUGCACCGACUCGUGAGCUGUAUAUAAACGGCAGGUGGUACGAAUGUUUCUUCGGUGGACAGCCAUUAGGCGUAAUUAUUGACGGUAAACCAAGAUUGGUUCAUUUGGAAGGGCCUAUGCCUCAAGUGGACAUCGGCAAAGCUAAACGCACCGACUUGGUAGCUGGUAAAAUCAACCUCAUAGUGAAUGCCACACAAAUGCACCCAGUGUACUUGGAUGCUAAGGUACAAAAGAUUUUGGUCAAUGGACAGUACCUGACGGUGCGCUUCGUAGAUUCAUUGCGCACGGUUUUAAUCAAUGAACAGCCUUUUAAAGUAGAGUUUGGAGGUCUUCCCAAGCCCAUUGUUGUCGGCAGCGAGAAAUAUUUUGUAAGGUUCUCCGCUCUGCCGAGGAAUAUUAAGCCUGGACAUGUUCAGAUAGCUAAUAUGGAAGGCAUAGGCUUGCCACUGGUGCCACCCGUCAAGAAAGUCGAUGAUCUUAAGAAAGAAAGUGAAAACCCAAUGGAGGUUGACCAACAACAACCCAUUGCGCGGCCGGUGAAGACGCCCAGCCCCGAGCUCAAUCCCGAGAGUCUAGGUCUCGACAUGUUGGCGAGUGUGAUGCCGUCCAGUACAGUGCCCGCCUCCGGCUCGGAGUACAGCGUGGCCGAACCUCUAUUCUCCAAAACAGAUAAGAUCCCUGGACUCGAGACACCCAUGGAAGAGAAACCAGCUCCAGUACUGCCACUAAUAGGCAACAUUAAUGUCAACGACCUUUUCGCAAAGCUGGUGGCAACUGGUAUUGUACAAGUGCCGAUCACUACCCAGCCUGAGCCUCAGGACGAAGCGAAGAGCAAACCUGAAGAAGUUAAGAAUAAGACAAAGGAAGAUAAGAACAUUAUCCACAAAGUAGACUUUAUGAAGUCCGAGACAUUCAGAGUUAAACAACCGGGACUGGUGGCUAAGUUGUACGGCGGGAUGCAGUGUUCAGGGUGUGGGGCUCGGUUCCCGCCCGAGCACACGGUGCGCUACUCGCAACACUUGGACUGGCACUUCCGACAGAACCGCCGCGACCGGGACUCGGCGCGCCGCGCGCACUCACGACACUGGCACUACGACCUAUCCGACUGGGUGCAGUACGAGGAGGUCGAGGACUUGGAGGAGAGAGAGAAGAGUUGGUUCGAGACGGGCGGUAACCCCGCGGUGUCCGGCGAGGGCGCUGUGGAGCCGCCGGCGCCGGCGCCGCUGGCGACGCCGUCGGCCGCGGCGUCCGCGCCCGCCUCGCACUGCUGCGCGCUCUGCGGGGACAUGUUCCAGCAGUUCUACAACGAGGACAAGGAGGAGUGGCACCUCAGGAAUGCUAUCAAACAUAAUGAUGACUACUAUCACCCGCUCUGCUUCGAGGACUACAAAACGUCACUGACAAAGGCAGAAGAACCGAAAGUAAAGGAAUCUUCUGAUGAUGUCGCAACCGAGGAAAAGACAGAGGAGGAAGCCAUUGAGAUCAAAGAUGUGGAUGAGACUGCGGAGCAGUCUGACAACGAGUCUGUGGUUGAAGUCGUCGAGGACCCGAGGGAUUUGGACCCUGUUGAAAUCGACGAGGAGGAAGAUGAUGAAGAUGACGUCGUUUUCAAGGCAGAGCCAGUGGUCCAGGUUGUGGUUGAAGAUGAUGUUGACACGGACGACGAACUUACUGCGGAAAGAGCUGAGCGAGAUCGCCUCGCAGAGAUUGAUUUUACUAAGAUCAAGGUUAAGCAGGAACCCAUCGACCCAGAUGACGAACCAAUCUUAACCGCGGAAGAAGAGACCAUCCAAGCGCGGAUAGACCACACACAUCCUACAGUGGAGUCAUCUAUCGACGGGAACCUACAACUGGAUGCAGCAAGCAUUCCCACUGCCUCCAUCCCCAUUGGCGGAAUCCGCAUCAACAUCUCCAAAUCCUUGCCAUCCUUCGUAAACAACCAGAAUCAGGAAGAUAAAAUGCUGGAAGAUGUGAGUGCUGAUGAUGAGCCUUUGCCACCAGGUGAGGAACCUGAACUAGAAUACACCUUGAAACCAGCACUUGAGGGUGUCCAGUUCAGCAGACAACCUCCGGUCAACAAAGGCAAUGAGCUCUCUGGAUUGUGCUCCAUCAUGUAAAGUAUUACAAUUUUCCAGCUGUCAAAUACCAUGAUCUGUAUAUUAUGUUAGUUCAAUUAUUAUCAUCGGUUGUACUGUAUUGUGUCUGGAAAUGUGUGCUGAAGUGCUUAGGAGUAGGUUUUGUGAAACCAACUAAUUUAAUCAGUAAUUUGCUGUUAUUUAAUAGUUAGUUAUUAUUUAAGACAUGAUGUACAUUUGAAAUAACGUUAAACGAUAAAACUAUAGACUGACAUUAGAAUAUAAUCAAAUUCGUAAAAAUAGGUCGUGAAAUAUAGAAAUGCAAUAACUAGGAUAUAUCAAAAAUUUUACCAUCGAGAAUCGGCCAAUCAGUUAAUGAAAUUGAAUCGAAAUGACUGAAUUAGUUGGUUUGUUACUUUGUUGCGAGUGAAUUUGUGCCGACUGAGGCAGUGGUUUAUCUCUUUGGUCGUUUUCCUAUUAUAAUAGAUAAAAAACUGAUGCAUUCACUGUUGAAAAAAUGUAAAACUUGUUUUAUUACGAUGUUCAAAAUUCCGCUUUAUAAUUCUUUCUUUUCUCUCGCUUUCUAUCGUCGCAAGCGCAAGUCACUCUAGUCGAGUCAAGUAUUAAUAUGUUUUCGAUUUUCAAAGUAGUUUUGGGACUCUUAACAUAAUGUUAAUGGAGAAAAGCGGGUGUGCUCUAGAUACUUACGUGGAAUGAAAGAUGGUAGAACUUUCUACUAGUUAAACGAAAUCUGUUUAACAUAAUCAUAAUUUAUUCAUAUUAGACAGAGUAACUCACUAAUCAACGGUGAAUGCAUCUAUAAAGUUAAUGCAAUACUGACGAAAGUCCAAAUAGCAUCAUUGUCCAUACGGAUUUCUUUCGAUGUCAAUUUAUAUCCUAUUCUCAUGUCGAAAAUGUAUUUGAUGGACUUGGUCAGCAUUGUGUAAACAAAAAGAGAUUAAGAGGCUUGGAAUUUAUGUUAACAUGCAGAUGCUAGCAGGAACAUCAUUACUACUAUAUUGUACUACUUAGCUGAAAAUCUAAAGAUGUACCUGCUAGCUUCUACUAUAACCUAGAUUGUAUUAUAGAGAGAUAUAACGAAAUACCUCUGUAGUGGAGACUCGCUGUUUAUACCUAGCUGUAGCUGAUGGAACACAGUUUCAUUUGUAUCUUGUGGAACCAUAUGGAAUGGUGGUAUAUAAAGUCAUAAUAUCCUCAAGUUUUAGAAUAAUUAGUCAAUCUUUAUAUUUUGUUUUAUGCAAUUAGUAAUCCUCUAUUACAUGGGUCUCUAUUAGACUUAAAACUGGCUACAUGUGGGUGUUACAAUUACUUCAAUGCACCCACCCUAGCUAUUUGGAAUAUGAAAACUAUGUUAUAAUCAUAUUCCUUAAUACCUGCCAUUCGUUUAUAUUAUUCUUCCAAUAUAUCAGUAUAUGAAGUAGUUUAAUUUACAGCUUGCUUCGAAGCCUGCCUGUCUAGCCUUCCAUAUGAAGUCACGCAAGAAUUGUUAUUACGAAAUGUGAUAUUAAAGUUAAGUUAACGACUUGUUUAACAGCGAACAUGCGUUAUGUUUGACGAAUUAUUUUGUAUAUCAUGUAGUGAGUGUAAAUAUCUGAUUAGCCUGUCUGUAAAUAUAUUGAGUUAUGUGUAAGGGUACAAAUUGUUACACGAGUUUGUAUGAUUGAAGAAUGUGUAAAUAUUUAGUUAUAUAGAAUCUCUCUGCAGGGUUUUAUUUCCUUGAGAUGUGUUUUGUUGCCACAUCAGUGGCUUUUCUUUUGUAUAAAAAUAUAAAGUCCUACAAAAAUUAAAUAAAUGUAAUGUUUAAAAAAAUGGUGUAUGUUUAUUAUAGUUUAGGUUUAUGGCAAUCGGAAUUACCUUUCAAUCAACUCUUUAUCACAUGUUGGAACUUUGAUCACAAUUGUUUGUUUGUUUAGUUUACAAUGUGUAAAUAAAUAUUUACAUCAUGA